AUGCCGAUCGCGCCGCCGCUCAACUUCCCCAAGUGGCUCAAGGACAAUGGGGAGCGCCUCCAGCCGCCGGUGAACAACUUCUGCCUGUAUUCCGGGCACGACUUCAUCGUCAUGGCCGUCGGGGGUCCCAAUGAGCGGAACGAUUACCACGUCAACGAGACCGAGGAGUGGUUCUACCAGCACAAGGGCGGGAUGCUCCUGCGCGUCGUCGAUGGGGACGAGUUCCGGGAUAUCAGGAUCGGGGAGGGCGAGAUGUUCCUCCUGCCGGCGAACACGCCGCACAACCCUGUGCGCUUCGCGGACACGAUCGGGCUCGUCGUCGAGCGCGUCCGCCCGGACGACGCCACCGACCGCCUGCGGUGGUACUGCAAGGCGCCGGUGCACGCGAAGCCUACCAUCAUCCGCGAGGAGAAGCUGCACGUCACGGAUCUCGGAACGCAGCUGAAGCCGAUCAUCCAACACUGGAUGAGCGACCCGGCGGCCAGAAAGUGUGCAGAGUGUGGGGCGGUGGCGGAGGCCAAGUAA